GGAAGAAAUUUUGGUUCAUGGAUCUAUGGAUAUGAAUGGUGGCUGUGUACUGUAUGUGGAUGUUUGCUUAUGAAUUUUAACCAAACUCUUUUAGGGUUCGCUCAUGAGUCCUUACCGGAAUGGCCGUUCAUGGAGUGUAGCGCUGUAUGCACAUGCAGUUUACGAUGCGGAAAUCGUGUUGCGCAGAAAGGCGCUACAUAUGCAAUUGAAGUGUUCCGUACCUGUGACGGACGCGGCUGGGCAGUACGAGCUCUGCGAGACAUACGAAGAGGUGCUUUCAUAGGAGAAUACACCGGCGAACUAUUAAGCGAUACCGAAAUGGCUCGAUCAGAACGCGUCGAUACGUACUUUUUCGAGACGAGAGUGGGCAAAAGCUUGUACACAGUGGACGCACGACUUUAUGGCAAUUUCACACGUUUUAUAAAUCAUAGCUGCCAUCCAAAUGCUGCGGUUGCCAUGGUGAUCUGGGAAGCUCAACUAGAAAAGCUCAAUCAUAUUUGCAUUUUUGCCACUGAAAAUAUUUCUAAAGGCGACGAAAUAACAAUAUCAUAUGGAGAAUCUUGGUGGAAAGCUAAAGUAAGUGAAAGGUUGCAAAAACAUUAA